UGCUAAGAGAACCAGCCCUGAAUCCAGGGCUCCAGGCUCUUGAGCCUUGAUUUAAAAAAAAGAAAAGAAAGGGGAAAAAAAGGAUUCCUUCAAUUAAGAUUAAAGGUUUCCUUGAACCUCCCAGGAGGGUCAAGGUGACCUUGAGCCCCAGGCUGUAGGGCGGGGCGGGGCGGGGCAACCCCCUGACAGGGCCCUGGCAGCUCACCUGCUCCUCCACGGAGGCAAGACAGCGGGCCGGGGCGGGCUGGGCGUUAAGGCAGGCGCCUGUCCACUGCUUCUUCCCCCAGGGCUCUGCCUGGCUCAUUGCUGCUCAAGGAUCAUGGGGAAGCUGGUGGCUCUGACUCUGCUGGGCGCCUUCCUAGCCUUAAUCGGGGAGAGAUUAGUGGCAUUAAGAGAAAAAACUAACGCAUAUCGAGAAGUGGAGCCAGUAGAACCUCAGAACUGCCACCUUAUUGAGGGACUUGAAAAUGGCUCUGAAGAUAUUGAUAUACUUCCUAGUGGGCUGGCUUUUAUCUCUACCGGAUUAAACUAUCCAGGCAUGGUAAACUUUGCACCAGAUAAGCCAGGACAAAUCUUCUUGAUGGAUCUAAAUGAGCCAAACCCAAGGGUCCAAGCCCUAAACAUCAGUGAUGGUUUUGACAAAGCAUCAUUUAAUCCACAUGGGAUCAGUACUUUCAUUGACAAAGACCAUACUGUGUAUCUUUAUGUUGUGAAUCAUCCCCACAUGGAGUCCACUGUGGAGAUAUUUAAAUUUGAGGAACAACAACAUUCUCUGAUACACCUGAAAACUAUAAAACACGAGCUUCUCAAAAGUGUGAAUGACAUUGUGGUUCUUGGAGCAGAACAAUUCUAUGCCACCAGAGAUCACUACUUUACCAACUUCUUCUUGGCAACAUUAGAGAUAGUCCUGGAUCUUCACUGGACUUAUGUUCUUUUCUACAGUCCAAGGGAGGUUAAGGUGGUGGCCAAAGGAUUUAAUUCUGCCAAUGGGAUCACAGUCUCAUCAGACAAGAAGUAUAUCUAUGUGGCUGAUGUAUUUGAUAAAAACAUUCAUGUAAUGAAAAAACAUGACAACUGGGAUUUAACUCCACUCAAGGUAAUACAGUUAGACACCUUAGUGGAUAACUUAACUAUUGAUCCUGAUACGGGAGAUAUUUGGGCAGGAUGCCAUCCUAAUGCCAUCAAGCUGGUGAUCUAUAACACUGAGGAUCCGCCAGGAUCAGAAGUGCUUCGUAUCCAGAAUGCUUUAUCUGAGAAGCCCAGGAUAAGCACCGAGUAUGCCAACACUGGCUCUGUGCUUCAGGGCAGCUCUGUGGCUUCUGUGUACAAGGGGAAACUUCUCAUAGGCACCGUAUUUCACAAAGCUCUGUACUGUGUGCUCUAGAAUCCAGAUAUUCAAAAAAAAAAAAAAAAAGCUAGAUAUUUGGUAAAAGUAAACCCUUAAUUAUAUGAUAAGUGGAACUAUAAGUAAAUGACAAACACCAACAAAAACAUGUCCAGCUUUUCUCAUGGAUGGAAGUAGAAAAGCAGAAAGAUUACAUAAUAUCCACCAAAUUGCAAGUCAAGUUGACAGUUCAACAAGAAACCAAGCCCACCCUAAUAUUCUUUCUACAAUAAGAUGUGUCAGCUGUGGUGAGGAGGUGUUCUGCUUAUCUAGGGCUCAGGGGUAACCAUGUGGCAAAACUACCUCUUACCGCUAUGAUGUUCUGAGCCUUCUGCGGUCCAGACUAGGAGAAAAGCUAACUAACAUUUGGAAAUUUGCAGUUACCCUUCUCUUCCACCAGUUGUACAAGGCAUAAACUGCCAGUCAAGUGCCCAGCCCAUGGAUAAAAGUAAGAGUUGGCUUUGUGUGACUGUCCAAAGCCCUCCUCGAACUUGAAUUCUCUCAAUGCAGACACACAGGAAAUCAGAUUCUAGAAAAUCUGACGAAAGACCACACUGCCUACUUUAGAGCAGGGCUAAUCUGACUUUUGUAAUAGGUCUUUAUUUGCAGUGAUAUCUGUAUUUAAAGUAUUGUAAUUGACUUGGCUCUAAACCAGGAGAUGGGACCUCAGGACAUUUAUCAUCAGCUGCUUUGAACUUGCUCUUCUGGCUGAUUCAAUAACCACUUAUUAAGUAAUAUUCCAUAGACUUGGACCAAAGAAUAUAAAAUAAAUAUAAAUAUCAGAGUAUUGGCUUGAAGUCUUAUCUUAAGGAUCAACUCAACCUUAGUUUGAUGAGAAUGAACAGAAGUGACUCUUUCUUGGUCAAAAACCAAGACAAUUUUUACCAAGUCAUGGGACUUCAUAUACUCAAGCACCCCACUGUUUUCCUUUUUCAUGACUUUCCUAGUUGGUUGAUUUCUUUUUUUUCCUCUUCUGGCAGUGGGGUGUUAGGGUGGCCUCUUUAUUUCCUAAAUCAUUUUGCUCAAUUAGCUGUAAGUUUGGUUGAAAAGUUCUGUAGAUGUGUGAAAUUCUACUUUUUAGCCCAUGUAACUUUCUCUGAUUUAGACAGUAAGAUUGUAGUUUUCACUGCAUUAGGGGAUGAAUGACUCAGCAAAAUGUUAUAGUCAGUUCUCAGAUUUUAAAUUUCAAAAGCCUAACUGGUACAGGGAUGCAGGAUAAAAUAAUUAAAAGCACAUAUACAAAUCAGUUUCAAAAAUAUAACUGUCCUUUUUUCUCUUUUCCUUUUUCUCUUUUUCUUUUUUUGGCUGCACCUAUGGCAUAUGGAUGUUCCCAGGCUAGGGGUUGAAAUGGAUCUGCAGCUGCAGGCUGAUGUCACAGCCACAGCAACACAAGAUCCUUAAUCCACUGAGCGAGGCCAGAGAUCGAAUCCACAUCCUCACAGAGACAUCAGAUCCUUAACCUGCUGAGCCACAAUAGGAGUUCCUUUUUUUUUUUUUUUUUUUUCUGUCUUUAACUCUUACAGUUCAAAUUUGAUCAAGUUUACCAGACUAAGGGAACAUUGAGAGCCAGAUUUAGAAGAAUAAGAGUAUAUAGAUGCUGGUGUAUUCCUAAGAAUUUGCCCUGCCCUUCUACCCAGACAAAUUUAGGAAAGGCCACAUGAUAAAAUUCCCACAGAGACUUUGGGGAUCUCCUUAAUAGGGACUAAUACAUACUUUCACAGUAAGGGCCUAAGAAAGUUACAGAGCGCUGGAGUUUCCCUUCAGGCAGGCACUUCCAAUCUUUGUGGGAUUAUUUUAAGCCUCUUCCCUCACUUGGCUUGGGAAGAAGGAUUGCCCCUCACAAUAAAUGCUGCAUUUUGAUGAUUUAUGGUCUUUUCUUCCCCAGCCUUUCUGUUUAAUUUUCAGAGGUGCAGGCAGGGAUACUAGGUUGAUGAUUAGCGGGUAAGUGAGCUCUGGAAGGAAAAUAGUAAUGAUAAGAGCAAAAACCAAUGUGGUAAACAGCUCCAAGAUGGCCCCAAAGAUCCUUAAUUUUUUGGAUUCUCAUCCUCAUGCACUGUUCCCUGCUACAUGAAAUAUGGCUGAUCUGUGUAAGCAACAGGAUAUCCUAGACGAUGAUGUGUGACUGUCGAAGCUAGGUUAUACAAAAACACUUCCAUUUCUGUUUUGUUCACAAAAAAACUGUGCAUCCUGAUAAAAAUGUUUUAAGAUGCUAAGUUUUGAGUAAUUCAUAAUGACAAUUAGUCAACUAAUGAACAGAAAACCACAUAUAAUGUAAAGAUUAAACAAAAGCCCAAAAUUCAUUCUUUAAAAAGAUGAAUAAAAACUAAUACACGUCUGGUGAAACUUAUGAUGAAAAAAAUGGCUCAAUUAUCCAAUAUCAGAAAUGAAAAUUAAGACUUGCAGUUGCUAUAGAUAUUAGAGAGAGAAAAAGAGGAGUUGAUGAACCACCUUGCACCAAUAAAUUCGAAAUUUAAAUGAAAAGAACAAACUCCUAGAAAAAAUAUAAUACUCUGUUAAUUGGGGUAAAGAUAACCUACUGUAACAUACAAAACAAAACAUACAACACCUUAAAAAAAUGGAUGACCUAUUUCUCUUUUACUUCCUAGUUCUUAAGAGAGUAAUGGAUGAGGCAGCUUCCCAUGAUGGGGCCAUCCAGAGACAUCACUGGUGAGGAUCUUGCAGGAAAGAACAAACACACACAGACAGGACUACUGAGGGAAGUUCUUCAAGGGGACUAUGGACACAAAAGUGGGAAUGACAAGGGAAACUAAUUAGACAAAGUACAACACUCCACUGUUAGCAAUGGAAGGAGAGAGAUGGAGGUGGGAGAAGGCCAGGGACUCUUUCCAACCCGAGGUUUGAAGGUGCAAGGGGUGGAAGCAGUUCCUAGAACCAGAAGAGAAUAGACAAUGUGGAGACUCUCCUAACAGAUGUUCUGGUCACUGGUAGAAAGAGGCAGCUAAUCUGUGACAACUCAGCACAGACAGAGCAGAGGGAAUAAAUAUCUUGACUGAACUCCUCUUCCAGCCUCCCAACUAGAAUCCAGAAGACAGGGAGCUAUUAAUGGAGCCCAUAAAGCCUCCAGGACACAGAGCAAUGGGGAGCUGCACAGAGAGUGGCUCUUGAGCAGCAAAUAGCUUCAUCAUGUCGCUGCAUAGGUGAGUGGCUCUUGAGCAGCAAAUAGCUGCAUCAUGUUGCUGCAUAGUUAUCUCAUGGCAAAAGCUAGGUCACCACUAUGUGUUUUAUCAAAUUGGAAGGAGAAAGAGGUUAAAGGGUGUCAGCAAGAAAUACCCAAUGUCUUAAGGCCCAGGACCAGAAAUGAUAGCCAUGACUUCUACUCCCUUACCAAUGGUAAAAACUAACCACAUGGCUGCACCUAACUAACUGCAAAGUGAUGUAAUAUGACUAGAAAGAUACUUAUUCAAGGAGAAAAAAAAGAAUAAAUUUUAGUGAACAAUUUGUGAUCUAUGCCACAGUCCACCUUUGGCCAACAAAUAUCCAUCUGCACCCUUCUCUUACCCAUUGACUCCCUUAUCAAAAGUAUAACUCAAAAUCCCAUCCAAUUUCUGCAUCCAGUUCAAAACACAGUAUCCCUGGUUAGUGUUUCUAUUUCCUCAUUAGGUCCAGAUGUGGCUGCAAGAGGCAGCCUAGAAAAUAAAGUCAUUGUUCCCACAAUGUAUCCAAUUACAGUGGUUGCCUAUGAGCAGAAUAACUAUAGUAAAUCCUCUUGGUGAAAAAAUAAGGAAGAAUAGAAUACAGGCAGCAAAUCACUGGAGGUAUUUGGGAAAGGCUCUGACCUGUAGCAAUUUUACCCCUUUGCUGUUGGCAAACAGAACCAAACUUAUAGACCUCCUCUACAGCCUUCUGCCUUAUGUCCAGUAAAAUUCUUACCUGAGCAUAUUAUUUUAUUACUGUCCUCUACUAAAAAAUUAAGAAUCAAUCAAUACACGUUGACAUUCUAUUUGCUCUUUGGGUAAGUGGCCAGGCUUUGAGUUAAUGCAGAAAAUGAUUUAGUAAAUAUUUUUAAACAUUACAAGGGUCUCCAGCUUUGCAUCCUAUGACGUUUCCUUAACUCUAAUCUAACCACAUAUUUAAGGUUAUUUUUAGAACCCCACUUCUAGGUUCAAAUUCCUAUAUUUUUAAGGUCCUGCCAAGCUAUUAUAGCAAACAAACCUCAAACCCAGUGGCUUAAAGAAUAAAAACAUUACUAGAAGAUAGUACAUCACAGUGGGUAAAAGCACAGACAGGAGAGCCAGUUUUCUGGAUUUGAGUUCCAGUUACUAUCCGUGCAACUCUGGCCUUUUCUGUUUUCUUCUCUUUAAAAAUGAGAUAAUAAGGGUAACUAGCACUUAGGGUUGGUAAGAGGAUUAAAAAAGUAGUAUAUGUAAAAUUUAGAUAAGACUUAUUAUAUGCCAGUGUUGUAUAUAUGCUUCUUAAUUUUAAAAAAUAUUUAUAAUCUCUUUCACAUCAGAGAUCACAGAUGAUUGUUCCUGAGACAGAUGAGUAUGGAAAUUCUGAUCCUUAUGGUUCACCAGGAGUCUAGCAGUUUUCACACAGAGGCAUUAACAUCUUCAUGAUCAAUCAUGUUGGAUUCCAUUAUAUUGAAUUUCACUUCAUGGAAAAGGGAAAGAGAGUGGGAGGAGACACGCCAAAUUUCUUUAGCAUGACUUGGAAAUGGCAUAAACCACUUCUACUGCCAUUCUGUCAACAACCGCAUAGUCAUAUGGCAGUACCUAACUGGAAGGGAAACUGUGAAACCUAGUUUAGCUGGGUAGCCUUGUGCCCAGAGAGGAAGGAUUUGGGUAGGUGGUUAGUGUCCUCUAUCAUAGCUCCUUAAACUGAAUCAAAAAGAGUUUGUAAAUCAUUAUAAUUCUAUCACCAUUAAAUAAAGUGUUUGUAGUAAAAUUUUAUUCAUAUUAAAAGAAACUAAAAACUAGACAAUGAAGUGUUAAUAAAAUUAUGAUGGAUAAAUACAUUGUAGUGAAUUCAUACAAUGAUAUAGUAUUGAAUGAUGUACACCAUAACUAGAGCUAUUUGCAACAACAUGAAUGAAUUUCACAAAUAAUGUCAAGCUGAAGAAAAUAAAAGUUAAUAUGUGUAGUAUGAUUUUAUUUGGGGGAAUUCCAAAAAAGGCAAAAUUAGACAAUGUUGUUUGGGGAUGCAUGCAUAGGUGGUUAUGUUAGAAAGAACAGGGAGAUGAUGAUUAUCACAAAAGUUAGAAUAGUGGUUGCCUCCAAAGAAGUUGGGAUCUGUGGUCAGGGAAAGAUACAUGGGGAAAUUUCUGAAGUGCUUGCACUAUUACAUUUCCUGACUUAGAUAGUGGUUUACACUGGCAUCUCUUUAUAAUUAUUCUAUAACAUACACAUACACACACACACACACACAUAUACCCUUAGGUAUAUACAAUAGAUAUCUCACAACAGAUUUUUCAUGCAUAUGGAAAAGCUAAGUCAACUUCAAGAAAAUAAAAAUGAAAGGCAAGCAUAAGACUAAUAAUAAGAACUACUUAGGAUUUAUGCAUGAAAAAAACAAAUAGACCAAUGGAAUAUAAUAGAGAUCUCAGCAACAGACAUAUUUCUGUCUAGGGAAUUCAAAUAAGAGAAAAUUAGCUUCAUCAAUUAAUAGAGGAAGGAUAUUUGUUUAGGAGAUAGAAGUGGGAGAAUGGACUCACUCUACGGAAGGAAAUAAAACUGCCCUACCUAACACCACUAGGUAACUACCAAGCAAGGAUCAACUCUAUAACCUUUAGUGUAAUAGGAGACAUUAUAGCAGAGUAUCAUUAUGACCUAAAGCUAGGGAAGGACUUCUGAAAUUAGGUUUAAAAAAUAUAAGACAAGAAAGUUGAUUGAAUUCAAGUCAUCAAAAUUAAAGAUUUCUAUUCAGCGAAAGGCACCAUUAACAAAGAUAAUGGAUGAAUUAUCAGAAUGAGAAAUAUUUGCAAGUUAAACUGACAAGGUAUUAUAAAAAGUAGAAUAUAUUAAGAACUCUUGAGAAUAACAAAGUGGAGGUAGUAACCCCAAGGAAUAACAGGCAAAUGGUGUGAAGAAGCAAUUUGCAGAAGGGGGGGGAAAUGAAGCACAUGAAAAGCUCAGAAUCUUUACUUAUCAGAUUAAAACAGCACUUUUAAAUUACCUAUUAGGCUAGCAAAAUUAAAAGGCUCAUAUUGUCAAGUUUUGAUGGGAAGUUAAGGAUAUAGAGAAACUCGUGCAUUGUGAGUGGGAGUAUAGAUAAUUUUGGUCACAAUAACUAAGACCCAGAGCUCAAGGAAUCAUAAGAACUGUAGGAUCUAGAGCCACACCUGCCACCAAAAUCCAAACUAGUAGAAUAGAUGCUUACUAUACUGCCUUUUUCCUCAAUGUUUCAAAUUUUGGUUUUGUUCAAGCCCUUCUGAUUUAAGAUACAAAACUGCAUCCUAUACUGUGGCUUCAAGAGUUGUGGAAAUAGAGGUUCUUGUUUCCACCUCUGUAGGUCAUGAAGGUGCAUUAGAAGUGUGGUAUCUGACUCCUCCCACACUCACCUAUGCCCCAGUUGAAGUUCAGGCACUGGUAUUUCAUAAAAUCUCCUUACACGAUUCUAAUACAUAGUUAUUAAGAUUUUAAAACACUGCAUGCAAAGGAUGCUGGGAAAGAGGUGGCAAGUGCUGAUUUAGUGUCUCCAUCACACCACAAAGGAAGAUCUAGGUUGCAGACACAGUGUUACUGAUGUACUUGUGUACACACCAUUUGUCAAAGUACUGCAGGAAAUUGUCUAUAGCAAGAAAACAAACCACUUACUUUUUGCCAAAGCUCAUUUUUCCCAUGCAAUGAGGUUUUUCAGAAAGCAAUUUACUGGAGAUGUAAAAGACCAUAAUUAGCACAAUAUAGGGCAAGUCAUCCAACUGAGGAAAUCUGAAUGUGCUUAAGUAGGAACAGAGAAUGUAGUGGAAACUUUAAACACACAAUUUGAUAUUUUCCACGACAGACAGAGCAGAAAAAGCUCAGUCCAUCAGGGAUGACUUUGGAAAAUGGUGAAAGGAACACUUACCACAAAAUUGUGUUCAUUGUGUUCAAAGUUCCAGGCUUUAUCCACUAGAGGAGUCCUGUGGUUUCUACCAGCUAACUGAUGUAUCACAUAAAAUGCCACUGGUUCCCUCAAGAAGUAAAACCUAAAUGAAGUGCAGAUGGAGCAUUUGGUGGACUGUAAGCAAUUUUCACUACAGAAAAAAUUGUGGCUUCUGUAAGGAAUCUGAAGACUGUCUGCGGGCAGAAUGAAAAUUCAAGAUCUUUGAAAAAUAGAUUGUUCAUGAGUGGAUUCUAGAAGAGCCCACUGCUAUUCAAAACAAUCACGUCAUAUGCUAAAAGUCACACAAACACACAUACACACACACCAUAAAUAACUAAUGGAAACAAUAAAGUCAGAUGUGACCUACCAUUAAUAGGUUUAAAUAUUUUGGUCCUUCCCCUUUAUCCUGCUACCCUCACUCCUUUCCAGGAUUUUUCCUGAUGAAGCACUCUAUCAAUAAAUCAUGUGCUUCUGAAAUCCUCAGCUUCUGGGGAACCCAACAUUGACCUUCAUCAUGAUUCCCAUUUGCCCAAGGGAGAAUCUAGAUACUCUCUCAACCUCUUUGGUAGGUUGGAUAACUGUUGUUCAAAUAUCCUUGUUCUUUUCUUGGUAUGUUACUCUCAGUAGGCUGGUGACACAUCUCUGUGUUGUUGAAUUCAAAAGUGGCUAUAUGGCUUACUUUGGUCAUUGAAAUGCUGGUGAAGUAAGACCCGUCUUCCAUGUAGAAAUAUUAAGAACUAGUGUAUUUUUCACUGUGUCACUUUUCUCUUUGCUCCAAAACUGGUAAUGUCUGCUCUGCUAGACUGGAUCUUGGAUUGGUGAUGAUAGGAAGCAGUGCUGCAGCCAACUUGCAAUGAAUAUGUAGCAUGAGUGAUAAAUAAACCAAUGUUGUAAGCCUCAGUUGUAGCACACUGCAGUGGCUAAUUCUUUUUCAUUUGUUGUGUAUAGUAUUUCAUUGUAUAAAUAUCCCACAAUUUAGUUAUCCAUUCUACUAUUGAUGAACACUUGUGUUGCAUCCAGAUUUUUUUUUAAAUUACAAACUAAGCUGCAAUUAAUCUUCUUAUGGAGUGUAUUUUAAUGCACAUAUGUAAACAUUUCUGUUGGUUAUAGACACAGAAUUAGAGUUACUGAGAAAUAGGAUACAUCCAUUUAUAGCACAUAUGUUUAGUUCCACCUAAACAUCUGAGCAGUUUUGCAAAAUGGCAGUACCAACAUAUUUUCCCAAUAAUAAUGCUGAAGAGUUCUGGUUGCUCCCUUUCUUUCCAAGAGUAUCAAUCGUUCUUUUUCUUUUUUAAAUUUUAAGUAUUCUGAUAAGUGUGUGGGACUAUAUCAUGAUUUUUAUUUGCAAUCCUCAGAUGACUAAUGGAAUAAAUACCUUUUCAUAUGCUU